GGAAGAAAGUUGGCAGAAAAAGGAAGAGGCAGGACUCGGACGGAACCACCGAGACUCCAGCAAAGAAAGUUGCUCCAGGGGAUGGAAAGAAAACACCCAAGGACACACCAAGGCAGACUCGCCUACUACAAAAAGACACUCCAAAGGACACUCCAAAACAGCAGGCAUUGGACACAGAGCCACAAAUUAGUCGGAGCGGACGACUGAUUAAACCCAAAAAGUUUAUAGAUGAGGGGCAAGAUGCCUCUCGACCACCUUCUGCUGCUGCAGGAACGCCUGCAGAAGGAACCACUGAUGCACUGGCAACAUCUAUAUCAGAAGUAACAACAACUACAUCAACAACAGGAGUCAAUAAUGCUACAAAGAGCCCACCCUAUUCACCACCUAUCACCACUCCGAAAAAGAGACUUUCCAUCAUAAGCUCGGAUGAAUCAUCAGUGAUACGUGAAGAACCAGUUUCUACCCCUACUGGUCCCCCACCAAAGAAGAGAGGUCGCCCUCCAAAGAACAGAGAUGUAGAUGCUUCACCAAAGGUCACCCCAAAUGCAACUCCCAAGUCCAAAUCUACACAAGAUGUUACCUCAAAAUUUUCCUCACCUGCUAACAAAGCUCUAGGAGAUAACUUAAAACAGUCACCUGCUAAAGAAAAGGCAAAAAAUCAGGUGAAGCAGAAUGAGAUCGAGCUUCCUAAAGAGAGUGAUCUUGCUAGCAAACAGACGUUUCUGAAGUUAAAAACAGAUUUGGAAUCGGGCACACUAAAUGCUGAGGAACUUAAGGAACUCACUAAAGCAAAUGAGAAGGAUGAGACACACACAGCCAUUAUAGAAGAAAAUAAAAAGUACACUGAGACAUGCAAGGCCAAGACCCUAGACAUGGAGGCUCAACUGCUGGAUUUAGACCAGAAGAUACGUGAGGCUCUCUCUGUCACCAAUCCUCGUAAAGAUGAUGCCAAACUUUAUCUAGAGAGAAUGUCCAAGUUAGUCAUCUCGGGUUUGAUGCUGAAAAAAAAUCCUCAUGUUGUUGAUGCCAUAAGAAAAUGUCGUAGAUACAAGUAUGAUGACGAGGUUCGGCUGAAAGCAGACAUGGUAUACAACAGGUUUAAGUUGCUGUUUGUGGUUCCUGAAAGUCAAGAAUGGGACACAAUGUUUGCUGAGAAAGUGGCCGAAUUUGAUGAAGCUUGUCAUAAGUCUGGCAUCACAGAGGAGAGUAAGAUCUCAUUGGUUCGUGACCCAACCCAUCAUAUUGAAGGUUCUCAAGAGGAGGCCGGAAAAAGAGGGAAGGAAAACACAAGUCCAUUAACAAAAAGCUGAGCCAGAAAGGAAUGCCAAGUGUUUCUAAAAGAUCGGCGAGUAUGAGCCCUAGUUAGUACUUAAUCACGGCUUCAACUGUACGACGAGAUUGGUAUCUUUGGAUCUAAGAUAUUGUGUGUUCGAUUAAGGUGUAUUUUUGAAGCUUAGAUGAUAACUUGGAAAUGGCUCAAGAUGUUAAGACAAAAAAAUUGGUAGCACUGAAACAUGGACAUAACAUCAACUUCAAGUUAUGUGACCGGAUCGGUAAGUUUAAGCCUACGGUGUUAUGACAACCAGUUUGGCUUAGAGCUUAACCUGAUCAGAAAGUGUGAGUCUUAGACAUAAGGUUAUUAUACAUAAAUUCAUAAGGUAUCAUCUUUAAAUAUAAGCCUAAUCUGGUUCUUUGUAUACAUAAGUGUGUGACAAGGCUAGUAUAGCAGGCUCUAGAUGAUGGUUUACAAGAACAACUGCCCAUGUAACUCCUACCACAAUGUCUGAAGUAGUUUACAUGAUAUGAAAUGCAAAUAAGUAUUUUAAAAUGAUUUAGCAAGCAAAAAAAUUAUUAAAGAUAAGCAGUGUGCCCAGUAUGUAUAUAGUAAAUAUAUUUUCUGUAUGUGUAAGGUCAUGAAAAAACAAGAAUUCCAGCCUUAUUCAAAUUUAAGGAUUUUAAAACCAGACCUGUGGAGGUCUGUUCAGGAUGACAUUGGGCUUGUGUAGGGAAGUGAAUUAGUACAUUCAUAGGUCUCGUCACUGCAAGUUUUUGGUUGCCAAGAAAUUACAUUUUUAGGUUUGAUUAGACAUUCAACUCUGUUGUCUGCUAAUUUAUUUUAAGCAAAUUUUGUAAUGCAAGAAUGAGGAGUCACUUAGUCACUUGAAAUCAUGACUCAGUAACAUGACAGUUUAGUAUUGAAAUGGAUUUAAAGUUUUAUGUUAAAGAAACCAAACAAUGAAGAGAUGAGGAAAAAGAUCACCUUGUUUUUCUUAUUGAAGAUGUAUUAUAGGGCAAAAAAAUAAGCUAAUGACUGGCUUUCAGAUAAAGUUCACUCAGUAUGGAAUUCAGUCCAAUUUCUUCCUUCCGUUAUGCUAGUGUGACAUAAAAUAACAUUGCCUGAAAUCUUUUGUAUUGAUGGCUCAGUUGAUUAUAAAUAAAGCCAUGACUUUUAGUAACAUGUUGAGUUUUGUAUUAAUCAUGUGCCAGCAGCAGUGUUAUAUGACCUUCUAUCAAUAAUAAUCACCAUUGGAGAAAUUGUGUAAAAACAGUUCCAUGUAAGGUUGUUAAAGUAACAUAAACAAUGCCUCAUUUUGCUAGUUUAUUAUUAGAAUGUUAUUCUUCAAAUGUUUUAUUGGUGAGUAAUAUCUUCCAAAGGCUUUUCUAAUUCUCUUUGAUUAAUUUCUUACUUGUCAUGGCAGAAAUAGUGGAUCACUGAUGAAAGACAAAUGAUUACUUUGGAGUGUAGUUAGGCACCAACUACAGUAGUUAGGAGAUCAUCCUAAAUUAUAUUUUUAGGUUUAGUAUUUUCUUUCUUAUGUAUUUUUGGGAAAAGGCUAAAAUGUAUAUUAAAUUUAUUUUAAAAAUAAAUUAAGAAAGAAUGUACCUGUUUCAGUUGUUUGCUAAGUCCUCAAAUACAGUUUGGAGCAUUCUUUUGGGACAAUUUAAAAUUGGUUUUACAUAUUUGUAUCCUGCAGUUUUGAAGUUGCAAGUCUUAUUUUUUAUGCUGUUUGUUGACCCCACACGAUUUGGUAAGUUUAGUAAAUUUAUUUUUGGCGAGUCAUCAGUUGAAAUAUUCUGGACUUGGAACUUUUAUUAGUGCUCCUUUGCAGCCAUGCCUGUGCAAGUUAGCAGAUAAGUAUAAGUCUCAGAUUUUAACACCUUGAGUAAUGCAAGUACGUGUUUACAUCUGUAUUGCCUGUUAGUUAUGCAUAAUAUUGCUAAUUGCAAAUUAAAGCAGUCUUAUGUGCUUAGAAGCUGGCAGUAAGCUCAGUUUUCUUCCAAAUUAUCAGAAUUUCAUUCUUUUAGAAAUAUAUUGGCCAGAAGUUUUUCAUUGCUGAUCUCCCCUCUGAUGGCCCACAUUCUCUCCCCAUCAUUCUCUCUCUUAAUAAUAUACUAAUCAAGUUAAGUGCUAAACCCAAAAGUCACACAGUACUGCUUCUCAUUCUCUCUCUCUCUCUCUCUCUCUCUCUCUGUCCCAGUCUCUUCCAUUCUCUUUUCUCUCCCUCUUUCAGGUUUAAUGCUUAAUUUGAUUAUUAUUCCCAUUUGCUUUCCAUCCAUUCUCUCUCUCAUUCUCUAGUAGCACAGUGCAGUGCUGCAUUAGUUUCAUUCUUUCUCAUUCUGUUUCAUUUUUCCAUUCUUCCUUUCAGAUUUAGUGGUUAAUUUGAUUAUAUUAUUCUCUCCCCACAUUCUUUCUCCCACUCUCUCUCUCUAUACAAAGUGCAGUGCAUCUUCGUUAAUUGUGAAUCAUUGUGAUUUUGUCUUUUCUUGGUGAUUCUGAUGUUAUGAGUAUUUUCUUUGGAUUAAGGUUAUACGGGGCAUUAAAAGGAUUGAUAAAGGUAAUUAUGGCUCAUACUUAAAUUUUACUCCAUUGUUGGGGUGAAGAUUCAUUAAAAUGUGGAUCGAUGCUUCUUGAGUUAAGUGAAUAAUUAAUGGUAAUUUUUUAUAAACUAUUAUGACAGUGCUUAUAAUAAAUUUUAAUUUUAUUGAUAGAUAUUGAAAUCCUAAAGAGCCUCUUAAUGGAUCUCAACCCUAAAAUUUAGACAGUUAUAAGCUGUAUUUUUUAAUCAACUCGACAGGAGAAACUACUAGCACUUGACUUGUCAGUACAAAGGUGCAUUAAAUAGUGCUAAUUAUGUAUGAAUCACUUAGAAUAAAAUCUGAAUCACCAUAA